AUGAGUCGAUCUGAACUAUUUGAUGAUGUAUGGGGAUCUACUUCUGAAGAAGAUAAUAUUAUUCAUAAAGAUAUUGACAAGUUAAGAGAUCAACAUAAUAAAAGAGGUUAUUUGGAUGGAAUUGUAAGUUCUAAAGAAAUUAACCUUCAAGAGGGUUUUGAUGCUGGGUUUCCACAGGGUGCAAAAUUAGGUAAGGAAGUAGGUCUUAUAAUUGGUAGAUUACAAUGCUUAAACUACUUAUAUGGCAAGGAUAAUCGUGAUUUAGCUGAAUCUUUCAAAGAUGCCCAACAAGAAUUAAAAAUUAACCAUGUUUUGAAUAAGAAUGCAUUUGAUGAGAAUUACGAUUUGUUAAACAAUUUCCAUGAAUUGGUAGGGAAAUGGAACGCAAUAACCAAGAAAUACUGUGACCAAUAUAAUGUGAAUUGUUUAUAG